AUGAAGAUCGCAGAGGAUGGCGAGGACCGGGAACAGCGAACAAUGGACAGUCUGUUGCACACAACGAAUGGAAAUACCACCACCGCGUCCCCCAUGGCCACGUCCAUAUCAUCUCAUGCCCUGAACGUCUCAGUGUCACGAGUGCCCGUGUCUCUGGCAAAAUUCUUCCGGGAAAAAUGGCUGAAAUCGUUUGUGGAAAUGUUGGAAUCCCAUCAUGCACUUGUCGUGAAAGCACUACAAAAGCUCUACAAAUUCUGCAUCAACAAGGAAGGAUUCCCCGGUGAACCUCUGGCGGAGGCUCCAGAUGGUCAUCCUCUUACGCACACAAUUCUCGAUCGCCUAGGUCUUAUCAAACAAGCGGAGGAGAAAGCCGAUGAGGCCGAUGAGGACUCGGAAGAUUUGCGAUACUUGCGAAUUCUUUCAUCUACUGAGUGUAGUGCUACGGCAGAGCCUUCACCGGAACCCACAACGCCCCAAGAGCCGUCGCCAACGACAUCUUCGCGCGCCUCGGUCUGCCAGACCGUUCUGGCCCCAAUGGCUAGCCGUGGUAGAUCCACUUGGCAAUGGGAUAUGCAAUCCGUGCCACAGACGAGUUUCUCAUACCCGGGCAGCGGAUUUCAAGACUUCUAUCCUUCCUCGCGACCCUCGGUAGGCUCGGCCGAUUUGAAUCCCGGCGAUAUCUCGCCUAACUUGGAUCUUUCGUCCAUCUCGAUGAUAUCGCAGGAGUCACAGAGGCAAGAUCUGAGAUCUUUGGCCUAUUUUCUGGAUCCGCUCUGCAAUAUCGAGAGCACUUCCUCGACAACAGGAAUAAAACAUGCAGGUCGACUCAAUCACGGACUCGAAAUGUCUGAGACGAGCGCACAGCCCACGGGUGAUCUUUCAGGCGACUUACUGAGUGACUUUACCUUCUCGACGCAUGAGCACGCACUGUAUCAAGGCUUCAAUUCUGGGUGGACAUUUUCUUCGGUAUGA